AGAGCAUUGUAUGCCUCACACCCACACACAGUGUGUUUGCUGGGAAGAGGAUAGUCCAAGGGAAACUGGGGGAUAACAUUGUCUACCUUCCUGUUAAGGAAUAUCUCCCUCUCUGGAAUUUCCAUUGAACAGGUCUUUGAAAACAAUCCUAAGGGCAAACGAUUACAAGCAACUCACACAUCGCCAAAAGUCCGUAACAUCAUCGAUUGCCUGAUCACCUGUGACAUCAGCACCAAGUACAUUUGAUAUUAUCAAGGAGACCAUGAGUGGCCACUACAGCAUCACCCUUACAGGCUCUGCGCCCUGGGGCUUCAGGCUGCAAGGAGGAAAGGACUUUAACCUGCCCCUGAGCAUCUCCAGGCUGACUGAUGGUGGAAAGGCGGUCAAGGCUGGUAUUGCUGUCGGUGAUCUGGUUUUGUCCAUUGAUGGCAUGGCCACAGAGAGCAUGAACCACCUGGAAGCCCAGAACAAGAUCAAGAGCUGCGCUGACAACCUCAGCCUCUCGCUGCAGAAGGCCGCCAGUGUUCCCAAACCUGCUGUGGCACCAAAGAUGGGAGGACCUCCUCCAGUGACAAAAAGUCCCAGGAAACAUGUUGUGGACACAGACAUCCAUUUCUACCAUGUGCCCUCUCAUGCUGAUGCCAGUAAAAAGCGUAUAACACAGGACACAGAGGACUGGCGUCCUCGCACUGGUACCACCCAGUCCAGGUCCUUCAAAAUUCUCGCUCAGAUCACCGGCACAGAGAAUGCUCAAGAUGAGGAAGCUGAGAAAGCCAAGAAGACAAAUGAGGGAAGUGAGGAGCCUGAAGUCAACAGCCAUACUACUGCAUUCAAGACAAUGAUCAAAGGACCUACUGCAACCCAUGGUUAUGGUCCACAAACUGGCCUUAUCAUCCCAUCCUUUGCAAUGAAGGGUAAAGGCAGUGACCAUGUCCCCAUGGGCCCCGUCCCAGCUAGGCCUAUUCCUCAGCCUCACCCUAAAGAUCAAGACACCCUGGUUCAGAGGGCGGAACACAUGCCUGCUGGGACUAGAACACCUAUGUGUGCUCACUGCAACAUGGUCAUCAGAGGACCAUUUUUAGUAGCGAUGGGUAAAUCCUGGCAUAAGGAGGAGUUUAACUGUACCCACUGCCACUCAUCACUGGCAGACAUUGGCUUUGUGGAAGAAAAUGGCUAUGUGUACUGUGAACAUUGCUAUGAAGAGUUCUUCGCACCGAUGUGCAGCCGCUGCCAGACCAAGAUUAUGGGGGAGGUGAUAAACGCACUCAAACAAACAUGGCAUGUGCACUGCUUCCUGUGUGCUUCCUGUCAGCAGCCAAUCAGAAACAACACUUUUCAUCUGGAGGAUGGAGAGCCAUACUGUGAGCAAGACUUCUACAGUUUGUUUGGGACUGGCUGUCAUGGCUGUGAGUUUCCCAUUGAAGCUGGAGACAGAUUCAUGGAGGCCCUUGGUCACACCUGGCAUGACACCUGCUUUGUUUGUGCUGUGUGCUGUACUACACUGGAAGGACAGACGUUCUUUUCAAAGAAGAACAAACCUCUGUGCAAAAAGCAUGCUCACACAUUCAAGAUAUGAAUUUUUGAUAGAAGUCCUAAGGAUGUAGAAGUCCUAAUAAUACUAUGCUAUCGUUUAAGCAAUAUUCACUUUUGUACAAUUCCCACAGCUGGGGAGCAAAUUCAGUCAUAUUUAGGAGCUUUCUUCAUAAAAUAAAAUAUAAAACAUACUUUAGUAAAAUCCUGCCAAAAUGUAGAGUAGGUUUACUGCACUGGUAUUCAUCACAGCUGGUAUUUUAUUAGUUUUGAAAACAUUUCUAACCUUAUUUUGAUGAGCACAUAUAUUGUUUUAUCCU